UGACUUGGUUUACCUCAUACUAUACUAUUGACUUCAUCUUCAUAUCAUUGAUCUAUUAAAACCACAAAAUUUUCAAGAAUUCACUGCAAUGCAAGUUUCUUCCUUCCUUUUGCUAUUUAUAACAAAACAAUUCUUCUCUUCUUUACACCUCUCAUACCUCCUUUCAAUUUUCUCACUCACACAACCACCAUGAGCCUUACUCAAUCAUUUAGCAGUGGAAUUGUGCAAGCACCCUUUGUCACAAGCUCUCGUCUUCUCCUACAAACAUGGGAUGUUAUCGGGUCACGUGAUGAAGAUGUGGUUCCCCACGUGGGGAAGGGAUUGGUCUGGAAAGUUUGUGAGGAGUCGGAUUUGACGGUUUUGGUGUUUGACGUCAAGAAUGAUUUUGAUCUUCAACAGAAUUUGGUUUCUUCUACCUAUCUCAAGGAGAACAAUAAUUUCCACCGCUUUGAGUUUCUAUGUACGAAGAAAAUUCCAGAGUUCUCUGUUAACUGGUCUGCUGUUUCGUUAUUCAUUGACAAUCUUGAGAAGCUUGAUGAGUUGAAGUCCAAGAUUAAUAGCUCCCAUCCAUUGAUUGUUACUGGACAUGGUGUUGGAGGAGCUAUAGCUUCUCUCUUUACUGUGUUGCUUUUAGAAAGCAUUGGCUCAGGAAAGAAACGCCCUCUCUGCAUCACCUUUGGUUCUCCCCUUAUUGGUGACAAAAAGUUGCAGGAAGCCAUAUCACGAAGUUCUGUACGGAGUUCUUGCUUUCUACAUGUUGUCUCUUGCAAAGACUCACUUCCAAAGAAGUUGAAUUCCCAACCAGUUGAUUACAUGCCUUUUGGGACAUUUCUCUUUUGUUCUGAUACAGGUGCUACUUGUUUUGAGAACCCCGAGUUUGUUUUGGAGCUUCUUGUGAGCUCAAUCAAUGAUCAAAGUCAAGGUUUUGAGGUCGCAGAUUAUGGAAAACUUGUGAAAAAUCUCAAUCGUAAAGCAAUUUGCAAGGACUUUAGCCUACAGGGAAUGAACUUGACACAUUCUACUUCACUGAAUGCAAGUAUCCGUUUGCAGUUGUGUGCAGCACUAGGAUUGACAUCAGAUAUGCAGCUACAACACCAGAACAUUGAUAUAAAUGCUUUGGUAACAAAGUUGGAAGCACUGGAGAAGAAAUUCAUGUUCCAGAAGAUGAAAUUUGAUCCAUUCAGGAGAUUGAAUAUGAUGGAGAUAGAGAUGGCAAAACUUGAAUGGUACAAGAAGCAUUGUAAAAGUCAAGGUAGUGGGUACUAUGACUGCUUCAAAAAGGGCGUCUCAACUAUUGACCAAGAUGCUUUUCUGUGGCAGAAAAACCUCACAAACUACUGGAUUGACAUGGUUGAAGAGGCAGAGAUGAAACCUCAGAAAGAAGCAGCAGCUUUUCGUACUCGCUGGCUUUUUGCUGGAACUAACUACAGGAGAAUGGUUGAGCCUCUAGACAUUGCUAAAUACUAUGAAAAUGGUCUUCGUAAGGACUAUGAGGCUAAAGGAAGGUCUAGACAUUAUGUAUUGUUGGAGAAGUGGCUGGAAGAAUAUAAGAAAGAAAAAGGUAAUUCAAAUGGCAAAAUUAGAAAGAAUGUGGAAUUGAUUUUAAGCUUUGAUUCUUGCUUUUGGGCAAAGCUUGAAGAGGCUCUCUUUUUGUGUGGACAGUUGGAUGAUUUGAAGGAGAAUGUAGAGGCAAAAGGGAAGUUGCUUGAAUUUGAGAACUAUGUUUAUGAAUCACUCAAAAGGUAUGAAGUGUCACCAGAGGUUUUCUUGAAGGAAAGCAGUUACAUGACUUGGUGGAAUAAGUAUAAAGGGUUUGCAAAUAAUCAUAGACUAGUAAGGUUCAUGAGCGAUCUUCAGCAUUUUGAUCGGUAUAUGAUAAGUGUGAAAAAUUAUGAAUUAGCUCAAAGGUGUAAUUAUUCAUGAAUGUAUUUUUCUCAUAGAAAUGAUGUAAUAAUUAGUAGAAAAGUUGUGUAGUUCUUUGUACAAGAAUCUUAUACAUCAUUAGAGUGUUGUCAGCAACUUUUUGCUAAGCCAAUCAUUAUGUGCUUAGCUACAAGGAAGUUCAUUCGCUCAGCGCACCAAUACCAUUAGCUCAACAAGUGGGAUCAAUUAAGAGAGGAUAAAUUGAGUUUUUGCUUAGCGCAUGCCUAUCUGUGAGCUGAGGGAGUUAUAUAGUUCUGGAUUGUUUUUUUAGUUUGAGACAUAAAGAAAGGAGGUAUCUGGUGUUAGAAAAAUAUGAAAAAUAUUCAGGAACUCCAGGUAGGUUGCUACAAGACGUCAGGACACCAUUCUUCACCGAAUUUCAUCACUUAGUGUAUGUUUUAGAUGACUAGGAGUAAUUAGAUUUCUCUUUUGUUGGAAUUGGAUGUAAUGACUUCACUGUUAUGUAAUUUUUAUGUUCAAUAUAUCUAAAUGUUCAAAUGC